CAAUUCUGCAUUUGAAACUCAUUUUCGUAAACAGUUUAAAGUCCUGUCCACCCAAACAAACAAACAUUCCUGGAUUGACGACGCUGAUUAGGCUACUGAUUUGAGAAGGGAAGAACAUAAUUUGAUCAGUUGAGAGACGAAGAUAGAAUCUCAAUCAAUACGAUGCCUCUCAUUGUGAAGGAUUUUGGAUGGGAGGAGACAGAUAAAAUGGUUUGGGUUACAGUUCCGCUCAAAGGGGUGAAGGCAAACAAAGUUGACAUUCUCUCAUCCGACGAAUAUUUGAAGGUCAGCUAUCCUCCAUAUCUUUUCGAAUGCCUUCUUUUUGCUGCUGUUGAUGAUGGUAAAGGAUCUGCUCAAGUUGGCAAUGGUGCAGUAGUAUUCAAACUUUACAAACAAGAACCUGGUUUGUGGAACAGGCUCCAGUCUCCUGAUGCAGAUGAUAAACAAAUUAUGAAACAGAAGCGGGAAGAAGCGCAAGAAAAAGUGAAAAAGAGACUUGAAGAAGAAGCUACUUUGAAGUCCACAACAAAGAGAGCCAAUGAAAAGCUUGCUAUCAAUGAGAUGAUGAAGAUAGAGGAUGGAGAACGUGAGAGGAUAUCAAGUAUCAAAGAGUCUGAAAGGAAUAAAGCCACAGAGGAUUUGGAACGAUGGAAAGAGGAGCAGAGGAUCAUAGCAGAGAAGGAAAAGGAAAAACUACUAGCAGCUCAGAGAGAACAAGUUGAAGCGGAAAAAGAACGAGAUCGCGAGGAAAGGCGAAAACAACGGAAGGCAAAAGCUAAUAACAUAUUUGAAAAGGAGAACAAAAGUGGAAAUGCUCCUCGAGAGAGUGGAAAGAUUGUUGUGACUCACACUCCACGGGUGUUCCCCACACCCACCCGCGAGUCUCAGACCCCACAGGAAGAAGAGUGGUUGAAAAAACAAGCUGAAGCAAAGAGGUCUAUUGAAAUGUCCCUAGAUAAGGACUUAACAGAAGAGGAGAAGAACCCACAAUGGCUUCAGGACAAAGGAAAUUCUUUCUUCGCCUCCGGUGACUACAAAUCUGCCAUCAACGCCUAUACUCACGCCAUUCAUCUGACACCAAAACUGCCAUCACUCUACUCAAAUAGAGCUGCCUGUCAUCUGAAACUGAGGAAUUUUUUUAAGGUCAUUGAGGACUGCUCAAAGGCUAUGGAUCUGCUGUUUCCCCCUGUGCCACAGAAUGCUAAGAGUAGGUGCAAAGCUUUAGUGCGGAGAGGUACAGCUUUCUGUGAAUUGGAGUUGUAUGUGGAGGGUUUAAAAGACUAUGAAGCUGCUUUGGCGGUUGAGCCAAAAAAUGAGGCUUUGGCUGCUGAUGCUGAGAGGAUUCGUCAAGUGAUUCAGUCUACUGAAGCAUGAUUGUAGCUUGACUUACACAUUGAAAGGGUUUAUUUAUGAUUACAUGAAUAGAAUAUUGUCGAUAUUUUCAAUUUGCAAAUAGGGCCUCCUGAACUGUGGCAUCUGUGUUAACUCGUUGUAGUUUGUAUUCCUUAUGAUAAAGGCCUUCUACCUCUCAUUUAGAUGAUGGGGUUUCAGGGUGGAUCUUUUGAUUAUUCAAAGGAGCAUUUGCUGAUGAAAUAUUUCCUUUUGCACAAGUCCAUUGAUGUGGAGAAUAGUUUCUAACUGUUAUCAGGUUCCUUGGUCCUGUGGGUGCCCCAAGUGUGCGCCUGAUGUAAAUUAUUUCUGGCCUUACAAGACUAAUGUGUUGUAUUUAUUUCUUCAGAACCCUUUUCCUUUACUGUUUAAAAGUAUGCAAAGCUCUUGUGUCUGCUUUUGCAAGAUUGCAAAUCCAUUUACAAAAAUUACAUUUGUGAUAAUAUGCUGUUUGACAGCUACCUCCUUUUCAGUUCAGUUUUCGUUUUUGUGUUUUGAAAAAUCAUAUACUGCAUCACAAUCUUUUUGUUGUGGACUGGGCUGGCUAUGUCAGUCUUCCAACAUUCCAGCAGUUAUUGUAAAUAUUUGAUUAUAUGUUUUUCUCUUCAUAAAUCUUUCCAUGUUCCAUAAUCUUCAACACAGCAACGGGGUAUUCAUGAUGUGUUGAAUUAAUUGACAUCCUGCAAAUGAAUAAGAUUACUCGUUGUGGCUAUUUUAUUUCAUAACUUAAAUAAGCUUUUCUAAGAUUAUUUUGCAUUGUGAUGUUUUUUUGGUCAUAAUUGUUUUGUUUUUUAUCCAAAGGCCUGCCAUUUCUGUUCCGUCCGAGAAAAGACUGCCAUUUUGUUACUAUAAAGAUGAUCAUCCUUUCUCAUUUUAAUUUAAAGUUUAAUUAACUGAGGUAAAGAAAUUUGCACAGAAACUUGAGAAUCGUCCCAAUGUUGAUGUUUUUGUUCGUUGUACCACAUUGAAGACAUCCGUCCAGUGUUUUCUUUUGUUUUUCAUCUUUUAUUUCCCCUUUAUUUGAAAAUUUUCCUCGAAGUGUGAACUUACCAGUAAUGAGAAAUAAAAAAUUUCUCUUCAGCUACUGAUUUUAGGUAACUCCUUACUUCAACAUUUAUAGUAGGAGUUACCUUUCUUAUAAUAUCUUUUGACCAUCUAAGCUGAAGUUUUUGUAUCUCAUACAUUUUACCUCUUUUUUCAUGCUCAUUUUUGUGUCAAAGCUCUAUGUAUGUACCUUUUGAAGGCAUUAAUAAUGAAAUAGAGAGGAACUAGUUGUAACUAACUGUCUUACUCAUGCUUUUAAAUACUCCAGAGCAAAGCUGAGUAACAGCUAGCUCAGAAUGAUUUACCAGCCUGGUGUGGAAGGUUGAAACCCAAACUCGCUCACGUUAUUCUGUGAUAUGUUAUCUAUCCAGGUGACAAGGAGAAUGGAAUUAGUGUCCGUUCACCUUUUUAAAAUAACUCCAACAGGCCUCCUGAAGUUGCAGCAUGGCAUUUAAAGUUUAUGUUGAUAGAAUGUAGCUGCUUAGCUUUACCUUUGUGUUCUACAUCUCAAGUUGGCAUGUAAUGCUGGUUGUGAGUGUAUAACAUAUACAUAGCUGAAGCUUUUUUAGGCUGUCUUAUGUUUUUGCUGACAAGAUGGGCAAUGAUUAUGUUGUUGUUGUUUUUUUUAAUAUCUGAACUGAAUAUCUUUUUAUGCCAUGGCAACCCCAAUUACUGAAUUUUCCUGCUUGUGCUUUGAUAGCCUUUGAGCUAAGUGGGUGUGAUAAUCUUACUCUUGUCAGGGGUUUGUCUGAAACUUUAUCCAUGAUAUCAGAGGCAGCACAAACUAAUGGGAUAGACAAUUUCAGACAACCUUUUGCUGAUUUUAUUUUUGAGUAGCUGCUGAGUGUCUGGCUUUAUUUAGAAUGAAUUAAGGCUGAAUGAUGUACAAGAGUUAUGAGGUCAUCAACCUUGAAAUAUAUUGAUCCAGUAGUGUUAUGACUGUUAUCGAUCCAGGAACUGGGAAGUCAGGGCCUAUUGAUUCAUCCUCACUUUCAUAACUGUAAUGUUUUUAUUUUCUCUGUAUUGUAGCUGCAACUCAUCCUUCCGUUUUUCUAGGUUGUCUCAAGGGAGUGAAAACAAGUAAACAUGCAGAGGUAGUCAAAUACUAUGUUCAGUUAUCAUUGUAUGGUUGCUACACUUACGUCAUGUGUAAUUUUAGAUUAUUCUUUGUUCCUGUACUCUUGAAUGUGUCAAUGUUUGUGGUGUUCAAGUGUUUGCCAGCAGUAGCAUUAAAACAAUAGAAAAGAGAGAAUGUAUAUUGAGCAAUAGGGUUGAAAGCAAAAGUGUAUUCUGAUUGAAUAUUAUGGAUGAAAAUUCAUCUUGGUUUGAAACUGUGAUCUUUUGGUAUAUUUUGCUGUGUUUUAUGGUCAGAAUGAAAAUUAAAGUUGCUUGACAUGC